UGCCAAAUGUUAUGGCUGCAUCUAGCAUUGACUAUGAUGGCAGCAGCUACAAGCAUUGUCCAAGGGUGCGACCCUGGUGACCUUAAAGGACUCGCCAGUUUCAGGGGCGGAAUCCAUAUGGACACUUCGGGUAGGCUAGCGAAAUGGGCCGGUCAUAGUUGUUGCAGGUGGCAGGGUGUUGCCUGCAACAAUCGAACCGGUCGAGUCACUGAAGUUCAUCUCCCGGGGUUCAUUUCGACUACCGAUUUCGUGUUUCAAUCUCAGAUGGAAGGUUGGUUGUCCCCAUCGAUCACACUCCUCGCAUCUCUUGAAGUUCUCGAUCUCGGAGGACUCGUAGGCCUUUCAGGAAGAAUUCCCACAUCGAUCGGUCGUCUCAAGAACCUCAAAAAGCUCUAUCUUUAUGGGAACAAGCUGAGGGGACCGGUGCCAGACAGCAUUGGUAAGCUUUUGAAACUCGAAGAACUUCACCUGCAUGAGAAUAGAUUAUCUGGAUAUCUUCCUCCUGGCAUUGGUUUUCUUAAAAAUCUUCAUGCUUUGCUUCUUCAUUCAAAUAGAUUCACUGGUAGUAUCCCUGCUUCAUUCUCCAACUUGACAAAUCUCAUGCAUUUGGAAAAUUAUGGCCAAAUGCCAAUGCUUGGGUUUUUAAGGCUACAAAACAAUCAAAUAAGUGGGAAAAUACCGCCCAACUUCGGAUAUCUGGUUUCCCUCCAAAGGGUUUCUCUUGAAAACAACAAGCUCCAAGGAGCAAUUCCUUCUAGUUUGGGUGAUCUACAAGGUUUGACAGAGUUGUAUCUCGGCGGCAACGAGUUGUCCGGUGUUGUACCAAAGUCGAUCGGCCGACUUUCCCGUCUCAUACUGUUGAGCCUUUCUUGUAACUCGAUUCAAGGACCAUUGCCUGAUGAAAUGUCUGCUCUCCAGAAUCUGCAGACACUGGACCUUUCUUUCAACAGCUUGAAUCUAAGCUCCAUUCCAAGGUGGGUGUCUCUUUCGAGAAUCUUCUUAGCAGGAAGCGGAAUCAAAGGCCAAAUACCGGACUCGUUGAGAUCCACACCAAGUCCGAUACAGGAACUGGACUUAUCGUCUAAUUAUCUCACCGAUGGGAUACCAGCAUGGAUGGGAAGCCUCACUCAACUCUAUUCAUUGAAUCUUUCAAGGAACCAUCUCAGUUCAAGUUUUCCGGCUUCGGUUGCCGACCUCGAGGUGUUAGAGGUUUUAGACCUUCACUCGAACAAUCUAACAGGAUCAUUGGAACAUGUUUUCAAGAUAGAAACCAGUUUUCCUGGUGGUUCACUGACCUAUAUUGACCAAUCCGAUAAUAGCUUCACAAGUACAAUCGAGCAAAUUGGCGUAGGAACAUUGGAAAGACUUGAAUAUCUUAAUCUAUCACAUAAUUUACAAGAGGGUCGAUUGCCAACUUCAGUGGAGAAAUUGAAGGCAUUGAAAUGCUUGGAUUUGAGCUUCAACAAGUUGGGUUUCGGCUUGGUGGAGGCCUUGGCAAAUCUAAGCCAUUUGAAGACGUUGAAGCUACAGAGAAACCGUUUUACUGGUAAAAUACCAGUCGAGUUUUUGAACCUCAAAAACCUCAAGGAUUUGGACUUAUCGGACAAUCUUUUGGUAGGGGAAAUCCCUUCCGGAAAACCACUUAGUGACUUUCCUCAGAGUUGUUUCACCGGAAACAGAGGUUUAUGUGGGAAGCCGCUUUCUCCCUGCAAAUCCUGAAGUAGGUUUUUCCCCACAAUUUGUUGUAUUGUUUGAGAACAUUUAUGUAUUGGCAUGCUUCUCAGCU